AUACGUUGCAAAUUGGUUGUCUACAGCAAAAUGCAAAUUUUUACUUGUGUUCUGCUUUUUACUUUUGUAAUACUUCUCAAUUUUGUUCAAUCAAGUGCAAAACCGUCAGAUCCUAAUGAGCGAUGGGAAUAUCGCUUCAACCCAAGAGAUCGUCAUAGGGAACUCAUAAUAAUUAAUCAAAUAAAUGGGGUUGAGCGUAGGGCUAGUCCAGCAGACAUUGCUAGCCUUCGAAACCGCCCAGGAGGACAAGCUCAACUGCGACGUUUACGAUCAAGGGAACGCUCCCAUAGAAGGCCAUGUCAAGAACAAUGGACACGUCCAGAUCAAGAGCCAGUCGAAUUCACUGAUUUUGCUGAUUGUAAUGGUGAUUUCAUAUACCGUGGUCCCAAUCCUGUUGCAAAAGUCGUCAAUGAAGCAAUUUAUGACCAUCCGGUUAAAAACGACCAACCCAAGAUAGCCAUAAUUGAACAAGGUGAUAAGUUGUACCACAGUGGAGCUGUUAUUGCAGAGUAUGAUGGCAUAGAAUGGUACAAGUUUAAUCAGCUAAAUAGAAGGAACUUAAUCGACUAGUGGGUCAUUUAAUAAUACCAACUAGAAUGAUGGUGGUUUGGCCUCUACC